AUGAAUGUAAACAACUUUAAUGCUCUAACUUAUAUUGCUGAGUACAUAAUGAACAUUAGGAGGAGCUGCAACAAGAAGCACAUAAUUCUCGUCCAUGGCGCUUGCCAUGGAGCAUGGUCUUGGUACAAGGUGACGACCCUGUUGAGGUCCGCUGGGUACCAGGUUACGGUGCCGGACCUCGCGGCCUCCGGCGUCGACGAGCGGCGGUUGGAAGACCUGCGAACGUUCACCGACUACUCCCAGCCGCUCCUGGACAUAUUGGCCUGCCUCCCACCUGGUGAGAGGGUCAUUCUGGUAGGCCACAGCCUCGGAGGCCUCAACAUAGCGCUGGCUAUGGACAGGUUCCCCGAGAAGAUCGCCGCCGCGGUCUUCGUCACCGCCUUCAUGCCCGAUUCCGUCAACCCGCCCUCCUACGUCAUGGACAAGCAUAAAGAGGAGAAACCCAUGUUAAAUUGGGGCGACACACAAUUUGGCUUGUCCGGGGACGAAGAUAAAGGUCCCGCUUCCGUGCUAUUUGGCACCGAGUUCUUGUCCAAGCUUUACACACGUAGCCCACCCGAGGACCUGACGCUGGCGAGGACCCUUGUGAGGCCUUCGUCUGCGUUCCUUGAAGACCGCGCGUCCAUGCCUCCCUUCUCCCCGUCGGGAUACGGAUCGGUGGAGAAGAUCUACGUGGUGUGCGCUCAGGAUGAGAUCAUCAGGGAAGGGUUUCAGCGCUGGAUGAUCGAGAACAACCCAGUGAAAGAGGUGAGAGUGCUGGAGGAUGCCGACCAUAUGCCCAUGUUCUCAACCCCGAAGCAGCUGUUUCAGUGCCUCUCGGAUGUUGCCGAUGCCUAUGCUUGAUCCUCCCGGGUUUUACGAAUACU